AUGGGAUUUAUACUGUCCAGGCUGUACAGAGGGCCCGCCUUCUUUAUUCUUAUACUCAAGCCAGGAUCGGCCAAGACAUAUGCAGUUGUCGACGAGUUUUUCGGCCACUUUCUGUCGAGGUUUAAAGUCACAUACCGGCACACAAGCGAGUACUUUACAUACAACAAGCUUUCCUCGCGGGGGAAAAGUCUUUCGAUACUGGAGAUGCACGACGAAAACUACUCUAGCCUGUUCUGGGACUGCGUAACGGGGAUGCACUCCAUCAUGUACUUCAUUGACAUUCUCACGCGCGAAAACAUGCUGGAAGUAAUUGGGCAGCUGAAGUGCAUAAAAGAUGCAAACCAAAGCGCGUCCAUCCUCCUUAUUAUUAUAAAAAAUAACGUGGAAACGGAAGAGUACGCCAGCUUCAAAUUAGGCCUGGCAAAGGCCCUAGACGGCAUAAACUACAAAAUUAUAGAAAGCUCUCCUGUGAUGCCCAUGGGCUCGCCUAUGAUGGCAGACCAGAUUUUCCAGGGCGUCUCUUGGGCGCUCAACCAGACGGAGUAA